AUGGGUGGUCUUCAUCCGGGUUUUAUCCCUGCGUCUCGAGGUGAGUGGAGACUGACGCCACCAAUUACCAUGUCGAGGGUGGUUCAUCAGGAUCCAAAGACCCAGCCGGUGCAGGAAGGUCAAAACGAACCUGUGCAAGAUGCCAUCCCUCAUGGGGAUGAUGCCCUCGACGGCAGUGUCGAGACAAAUAAUGCGAAAGAAGAGUAUAGUGUUCAAGAUGAAGCUGACUUCGAGGUCCGGUUCGAAUCCGGUGAUUCCACUAACCUCAAAGAAUGGUCAUCCUGGAGCCGUGCCCGGGCAUUGUUCUGCAUUGCUUUCUCCUCUUUUGUCGUGUCCCUUUACAUACACAUCAGGACUUUCCCAGCCUCGUGCACCUUCCCAUUUUUAGUUUACGCAUUGCGCGAUUAUUACAGGUUGAAACGGUGUAAAUGGAAUAUUUGA